GGUUCAUCUAUGGUCAUCCCUCGAGGAUGAUCAUCCUCAUCAGCUGUCAGUCAACCAGAAAAUAAACAAAAUACAAAAUUUACCAAAACAAAAACAUCGCAAAUAUUCAUGCUGUUCUUGUUAUUUUUUUUAUUCUGUUAUAAAAAUAAAAGCACCAAAAAUGAGGAACUGCUCAAUAAAGGACUGCAAAUCGUACGAACUUCCUCAGCGCAUAUCCAAACAUAGAUUAUUUCGUGGAGGCCAGUUCGAUAAAGAUUGGAUAGAGGCAAUUAGGACCUUAAACGGUCAACCCAUGGACAUUGCCACACUUCCGAAAAGCUUUUCUGUGUGCAGUAUGCAUUUUGAACAAAAAUUUCAAAUAAGACUUGGAACAAAAAAUAAACUAACUUACGAUGCGAUCCCAACACGUUUUCCCAAUGGAUGGAAACAAUCUGAUGAUGGAGUCAAAGAAAAUAACUCAACGCAUCUUAUUUCUAAACAAACCAAAAUGAAAAAAGACACCAAUUCGGAAGUAACUCAGAUAGAUCAAAAACCACCAACAAUUUAUUGUGGAGUUUCUCGAUGUCGAACUAACAACAAUAAUGAAAACAACAUUUCACUAUUCGAAAUUCCAAAAUAUAUCCGAAAUAGUCCAUCUCUAUUAGACCAGUGGUCUAAGGUUCUUAGAUUUGAAACAUAUUUUCCAAAUAAUUUUAAAAUUUGCAGUUUACAUUUUGAAAAAAAUCAAAUUCUAACACCUUUAAAGCAAGGCAACAAAGAGGUACAUCCUUUGCUACGACCAAAUGCAGUUCCAUGUCUUAAUUUACCUAAACCAACAAAUAAUAAUAAACCACAUCCAAAAGAAAAUGAUUGCGUUGACAAAAGCAAGUAUUUGGAUAAUUUUGUUAAUUUUUUGUCAGAACGAAGCGAUUAUAGUGAUGUGGAAGAAGAAGUAAUAGACGAAGAUCAAGAAAGUGAUGUAUAUGAUUCAGACUCUAAUACAAAAAGUACACAAGUCAGUUUGAAUUCAUUCCGUGGUUUUGGUUCUUAUUUUGAUACGGACGAAAAGCUUAACACACUAACGGGAUUAAAUAACAAAAGUUUAUUAGAUGCCUUAGCCAAUGAAGCCCUAAAAUUAAUAAUAAACGAUGACAAUUUAGAAAUGACAAUGAAAGAUAGAAUUCUUUUAACCUUGUGUAGACUAAAAACCAACCUUGACUUUGAACAAUUAGCUAUAUUAUUCCAAAUCGAAAAGAAAACAUCACAAAUGUAUUUUGCUGAAACUAUAAAAUUGUUAGCAAUAACUCUUCAACAAUUUAUAUAUUGGCCAUCAAAGGAUGAACAUAUGAAAAAUUUGCCAGAGUGUUUUGAAUAUUUUCCAAAUGUCAGAACAGUUUUGGAAUGCAUUGAAAUAAGAACACAUUCUGAAUGCAAGCUUUUUGUAGGAUUCGCUCCAUCUGGAUUAAUCAAUUAUUUGAGUACUGCGUUCAAUGGGUUCUAUUACAUCAAAGAAAUGUUUAUUAAAACAGAUUUGCUUAAAAUACUUGAACCAAACGAUGCUUUAAUAACGGAUUAUGAUUUUCAACUUCAAGAUGUACUUUUUAAGGUAGAAAUUGAGAUUUUAACACCUCAAACACAUCAUCGAAAGAAUGAAAUAAUUGCAGCAAAAGCUCACAUUGAAAAACAAAUGGAAAAACUUAAACAAUUUAAAAUUCUUUCUGGAACAGUUGAUAGAUCAUUAGUUCCAUUAAUUGAUGAUAUAAUGACUGUUUUGUGUGGUUUAACAAAUAUUUUAUUUGAUAAAAGAACGAAAUAAAAUUAUAUUUUGUUUAAACAUUU